CCAUAACUCUGAAUUCUUCCAAAAACUAAACAAAGCUUUUAGGGUUUUCAUAGAAAGAUAUAUGAAGUAUCAGAAUUUGGACCUAUUCGACCCGAGAACGGCGGUCAUGGACCCAGAAUACUCCCCUACCCAUACCGGGGAACCCGAUUUCGCCUUCGCCUUCGACGACGUCAACUUCUCCGAUCGUAUUCUACGGAUCGAGAUCCUUGGAGACUCAAUCGCCGGUGGUUCUAAUUCCAGCGGCGGCUGCAGUAGCUUAGCCGAUUGGGCUCGUAAUCGCAAGCGCCGACGUGAGGAUUUCAGGAAGGAAAACGACAUGUACCACUCGUUUGCAGCUUUGGAUAUCACAGCAUGCCCUGAAGAUCAGAUAAUUUGCUGUAAUCAAAUUGAUAGUGAAGAUGCUGAUAACGAAAAUCAAGAUGAAGCAGUUGUUGCAAUGAUUGAAGAGCCAAACUCAGGAGAUGAAGGUGCUAAUAGUGAUGAUUCAACUUGGAAUUGUGAUUCUCCAAGGGUUAUGAGAGUUAAAACACUAAACAUUAGCUCCCCCAUUUUAGCAGCAAAGAGUCCAUUCUUCUACAAGCUCUUCUCAAAUGGGAUGAGAGAGUCUGAGCAAAGACAAGUAACUCUACGGAUCAAUGCUUCAGAGGAAGCUGCAUUGAUGGAGCUCCUGAAAUUUAUGUAUAGAAAUAUGUUGACUACAAAUACAGCGCCUGGAUUGCUGGACGUGCUCAUGGCUGCUGACAAGUUUGAGGUUGCAUCUUGCAUGAAGUAUUGCAGCAGGCUACUGUGUAAUUUGCCUAUGACUCCGGAGUCAGCUUUGCUGUAUCUCGAGCUUCCUUCUAGUGUCCUGAUGGCUGAUGCAGUUCGGCCAUUGACUGAUGCAGCAAAACAAUUCCUAGCUGCAAGAUACAAAGAUAUAACCAAGUUCCAAGAAGAGGUCAUGAAGUUGCCUCUUGCUGGUAUUGAGGCAAUUUUGUCCAGUGAUGACCUUCAGGUAGCAUCAGAAGAUGCAGUAUAUGACUUUGUCUUGAAGUGGACAAGGGCUCAUUAUCCUUUGAUAGAGGAACGCCGAGAAAUUCUUAGUUCAAGACUUGGUCGUUGCAUCCGCUUUCCUUUCAUGAGCUGCCGAAAGCUUCGGAAGGUUCUUGCAUGUAAUGACUUUGAACAUGAGUUUGCAUCCAAACUAGUGCUUGAGGCCCUCUUUUUUAAAGCUGAGGCCCCACACCGCCAACGAACUCAAGCUGCAGAAGAAUCAGCUUCGACCAGUCGUCGUUUUGUAGAGCGUGCAUACAAGUAUCGACCUGUUAAGGUUGUUGAGUUUGAACUUCCACGCCAACAAUGUAUAGUCUACUUAGAUCUUAAGCGGGAUGAAUGUGCUAAUCUUUUUCCAUCUGGGAGAGUAUAUUCUCAAGCUUUUCAUUUGGGUGGACAAGGGUUUUUCCUGUCCGCACAUUGCAACAUGGAUCAGCAAAGCUCUUUCCAUUGUUUUGGUCUCUUUCUGGGAAUGCAGGAAAAGGGUUCAGUUUCAUUUACAGUCGAUUAUGAAUUUGCUGCGAGGACAACACUAGCAGAGGAGUAUGUGAGCAAAUACAAGGGAAACUAUACAUUUACUGGGGGUAAGGCAGUUGGCUAUCGCAAUUUAUUCGCCAUACCCUGGACUUCUUUCAUGGCUGAGGACAGUCUCUAUUUUAUUAAAGGCGUACUCCAUCUCAGGGCUGAACUUACUAUCAGGCACUGAUUUUUCUCUUCUCCUACAAUGUCAAUUACUUAAGUUGUUUUGCUUAUUAUUAGCUGAGCCGCCAAAGUCCCGAUCUUUUUUCUUGGCUUUGAUCAAGCAAAAGAAGUGUAAGGUUUAGGUAUCAGUACUAACUGCCAUAGGUAUUGAAACAUUUUAUAAUGUUAUCCUUUUGACCAUAGUAGUUUUAUCCUUGUGCUCUCCAAAACAUGAGAAAGGAUGUAAAUGAAAUUCAGUAAGUGAGAAAUGUUUGAUUGUUCUGA